GAUUUCAUUUUGAGCAUGCAGAUGCCUCCGAUCCCUGACAAGAUCAUAGAAGUGCUGGAGUUCUCCUCCAUCCACACCUCCAUUUGGAUCACAGUCCCCUUAACAGUUGACAGAUAUAUUGCUGUCUGUCACCCACUCAAAUACCACACGGUUUCCUACCCAGCCAGGACCCGGAAAGUCAUUGUGAGUGUUUACAUCACCUGCUUCCUGACCAGCAUUCCCUACUACUGGUGGCCUAAUAUCUGGACUGAAGACUACACCAGCACCUCCAUUCACCAUGUCCUUGUCUGGAUCCACUGCUUCACCGUGUACCUGGUGCCCUGCUCCAUCUUCUUCAUCUUGAACUCAAUCAUUGUGUACAAGCUUAGAAGGAAGAGCAACUUCCGCCUCCGUGGCUAUUCCACAGGGAAGACUACCGCCAUCUUGUUUACCAUCACCUCCAUCUUUGCCACCCUCUGGGCCCCCCGCAUCAUCAUGAUUCUCUACCACCUGUAUGGCACACCCAAGCAGAAGACUUGGCUGGUCCACAUAAUGUUGGAUGUUGCCAACAUGCUGGCCCUACUGAACACAGCCAUCAACUUCUUCCUCUACUGCUUCAUCAGCAAGCGGUUCCGUACCAUGGCAGCUGCUACCCUCAAGGCCUUGUUCAAGUGCCAGAAGCAGCCUGCACAGUUCUACACCAACCAUAACUUUUCCAUAACAAGUAGUCCUUGGAUCUCACCAGCAAACUCACACUGCAUCAAGAUGCUGGUAUACCAGUAUGACAAACACGGAAAGCCUAUAAAAGUAUCUCCGUGA